AUGAAGAAUCUUAUGCACACUCUGUGUGUAGUCUUUCUGGUCUUGUACCAGAUGAGGGAAUAUAAGUUAGUGGUUCUUGGUAGUGGAGGCGUUGGAAAGAGUGCACUGACUGUGCAAUUUGUGCAGGGCAUAUUUGUGGAAAAGUAUGAUCCGACAAUCGAGGAUAGCUAUCGGAAAAAGGUGGAAGUCGACAAUGAACAUUGCAUUCUUGAAAUUUUGGAUACUGCUGGUACCGAACAAUUUACAGCAAUGAGGGAUUUGUAUAUGAAAAAUGGUCAAGGUUUUAUUUUGACGUAUUCGAUAACUUCUCCCCCAAGUCUAUUUGACCUUAUCGAUCUUCGUGAACAUAUAAUUCGCGUCAAGGACACCGAGAACAUCCCAAUCGUUCUUGUGGGAAACAAAUGUGACCUAGAAGACGAAAGAGCAGUUGGGAAAGAAGAGGGGCAGAAACUUGCUCGACAGUGGAACUGUACCUUCAUGGAAACGAGUGCGAAAUCCAAAAUUAAUGUUUCUGAGGUUUGUACUUUUUAUAAUUACCAUCACUGUAAUGAUUUAACAUAUAUAAUGAAAUUUCCAUCUGAACGACUGAUGCGGUGGGUUAUUUAA